AUGCACGUCCGAGCUGGAUUUGGCUGGCAUUUGUGCCUGUUAAAUGCGUGCGCUGCGCUUUCGCGCCGCGAAUUGCUGCUGCGCCCGCCUGCAGCCGCUGGCUUGAUCGCAUUGCAGCCACACGCUGCCGCAGCGGCAGCAAAAGCACCAAGUCCGCAGCGAUCAUCUGCGUUGGAUGCCGCAGGCUACGCUUACGCGCUCGUGCGCGCCGCGGACGGCGGUCAGGUCGUCACGCUUGAUCUCGAUCGCACUCAGAGAGUGCGCAGUGCGGUCUACCUCUACGAGACGCGGGCGCAGGCCGACGCCGUGCGGAAAGCCGUCAUGUCGGCGAGAGACAAAAAGGCAGCGCCGCUCGCUCUUGCGAAGGUCCCGCUGGGCGAGGCUGCGGCACUGGUCCUGGCGCCACCCGCGAAGCGCGAAGGCGUGCCGGGGUAUUUCUGCCACCGGCUGUUGGUCGAGCAGUCGCGGCUCGCGGCCGCGAGAAAAAUAACGGGCAUCAGCGACCUCGGCGACCGGUUCCUUCCCCUGUUUUAUGUGGACGACUGUGUGGAAAUCAAACAGUGCGUCGGGUGCACCUGGCUCGGUCAAGCGGCGAGGAACCGGCAUCGCCACGCCAUCGAGCAGGCGUCGCGUCGAUGGUGUGGAGGCCGACGCGACGAUUCAGCACGAACGCCCCGUAAAAUUUUGAUUCCCACACAGGUCGACGACGACACGGGUUCGCGCGAGGCUUCCGGAGGCGUGCAAGCCUUCUUCGACCCGAAGGCCGCAGAGCUCGUACGAAAGGAGGCCACGACCUGCAGCGAUCGGCGCGCGGCUGCCUGCCAGGCAUACGACGAGUCCGGAAGGAAGCGUGCGUUCACCGUUCGCGAGGCCGACGCGUUCGUCCUUCUCCGCAAAGGCGGCCUAGACGAGCUGGACCUCGUGCCUUCCACGACGAUGGCAGCGGACGGUUCGAAGAGCGAUGGCCUCGUUGCCCUCGACGACUCGGCGCCCCUCGAGGUCGUGCUCGAGCUCGAGUGCGACGUCGCGAACUCGAAUUGUGUGAUCUCUAAGAUAAAACGAUAG